AUGCGCGUCCGCUGGACUCACGACUCUGACAAUACAUCUGGCUUCCUUGCGAUCGCCACGUCAUCGCUCAAUCUGGCUGCCACUACUGCACAUACCUGCGAGGUGACUCCAAAUCAACCGAUUUCUGAAUGCCAGUUCGUAGAUCUGCAGCCUGGCACGCCCUAUAAAAUCACCGUUAAGGCCUACUCCUCCGCAGACGCAUACAGCACUGGUUCCGACGGUGGGAUUCACUACACCCUCCCCAGUGCUCCAACCGACGUGGUCGUGAGUGACGUGCUCGCCAGAAGUUUUCAACUCAACUGGACUCCUGUCAAAGCAAUCGUAGACAAUGGAUACAGUUACGUGGCGACAGCGCAACCACUACGAGUAGCUGUCACCAAUGGCACCUCUACAGAUGGUCAACUAGCAGAGGUACUCGACUGCAAGACGACAGCCACGUCCUGUAGCUUGGUUGGUCUUGAACCGGAUACUGCUUACGCAGUCAGUGUGAAGGUCUGCACAGCACACAGCCCCUGUAGUGUGUCCUCGGUGUCAGUAACUCAGACAACUGCUCCACUGAGUCCGAGUUCUCCCCGUCUGGACACUGUCACUGACAAAACAGCCCGGGUUUCCUGGGAAGAAUUGAUCAAAGGAGACUCUUUAGGGCUCACCUACGUGGCUGCCGCAAUGCCCCUUAGUGGUGGUUCAGGAGUGGAAUGUGAGAGUCAAGGUCAAUUCGGCAUCCAAACAUCCUGCAUUCUUGACGGUCUGGCGCCGCAGACGAAUUACAGUGUUAGGCACACCUUCGGAACGGAGCAGCUUUCAAACCAGACCAUCAGGUAUGGGGAUAUGUUUUCGAGCUUAAACAAGGCGCAGAUUACGCUUUGGUGA